AUGGCAUAUAAUGCGCCGCCUGCCUGGCAGCCGAAUUAUCAAUCGUCAGCGGCAUGGCAGCCACCGCCAAUGUCGCAAAGUCCCCCGGAUGUGCCGGUUUUUCCAAGGACCGACGUCGUUCAAAACGGCAUUGGUCAGGCAGCCUUUACUACCCCUGCCCCAGGUUCUGGCCCACAGCUGUUCAGCUCCAAGAGCCUUGCGGGAGACACGUUUACGAAGACUAGUAACGUGGCAACAGCGAUGUCGGAUCAAGACAAUAUCGAAGCGAGCCAGCAUAAGCUAAACAGCUACAUGCAGAGAAUGCAGAUCGAUCCGUCAGCCGGAUAUGGCGUGGGUCCGCAGCAGCACCCACCACCACCGGUGCCACCAUCCAGCGAGACCACACCACUGCCGUCGGAGCCUAGCAAAUUCGUACAGGUACGGUGUAUGAUGCAUUGCAGAGUUUGUCAUAUUAUACGUGUUCUGUUGUAUCUUACUGCUGGUAUAAAUAAACUAUUGACCGGUUUCCGUUUCUAGCU